AUGCGCUUCUUUCAGCUCGCAGGCACCCUUGCUCUCGCAAGUCCAGUACUUGGCAAACUUGACAAGCCUGUCUUGUGCCCCGGUGUGGACUUCGCCCACAUUGACGACGAUCUGUUCGAGGCUCUUCCACAAACGCCUCACACUGUCACCAAGUGGCCUUGGGGAAAGCUGCCUAAACAAUGCAAGAAAUUGGCUGCCCAGGAAAACUUGGAUCCCUACAACAUGACAGUCUAUGAUGUUCUUUAUGAGGACUGUCCCCAGCCUUGGGUCAUUUGCCACCAUCACUUGUCGCAAAACCGUAUCGAAUCCAUCGCCGACAACUUUGGUCGCGUGCCUAUUGGCCUGAGAAACUUCAUUCGAAUCCAAUUCGCGGCCCCACCGCUCAACGGUACACUCAUGGGCGCUUGCACGACGUGA